UUACGUGGUGACGUGUACCGGAAGUCAUGCUGACCAGGUCCAGAGCAGCAAACUGACAGACACAACGGUGUCGCUAGUUAUUAAAGACAGGUGUUAGCAGUGUGUGGGACUACUUUCUAUCGGUUUAUUAAACCUUCACGGACUGCGUUGUCAUUUAUGUAAGUCAGCUACCUUUCACAUGUUCAAACUAAUGAGUGGGAGGGCGACUUUAGCCUAACGUUAGCUGCUAUUAGCUAGCUGUCAUCACCAUCAUCAUCAUCAGGAACAUCCUGCUGCGGGCAGGUAGGUUUAACUGUCUCUGGGUGGAGGACAAAGCUACGGGCAGGACUGUAACUUGUCUUGAUGACAUUUUGACAUUACUGAACUUUUAACUGUAUAUUACAAUUAACUUGAUAGGUCUUCGUGGAUGAGGUUGCUGUUGGAUCACUGAAGCAAUGGCCAGUCCUAAUGAUCUACAGUUCCAAGAGUUUGAGGAAGCAGCAGAGCUGUUGUCUGCAGACCCGGGGGCCUCCACACUCAGUAUGUCUGCCUCCAACACCAGCAGCACCACUACAGCAGCAGCAGCAGCAGGAGGAGGAGGAGGAGGAGGAGGAGGAGGAGGAGGAGAGGAUGUCAAACUAGACCUCUCGGAUGAUGAGGAGGGUCAGGAGGAGAGUUCAGAGCUGUUAGGAGGACAGAAACCAACCAGUGGCUUCUGGACCUUCGAGUACUAUCAGUCCUUCUUCAAUGUUGACACAAUGCAGGUACUGGACAGAGUGAAGGGGUCAGUGAUGCCAUUACCUGGAAGAAACUUUAUCAAACACCACCUCAGGAGUAACCCAGAUCUAUAUGGUCCAUUCUGGAUCUGUGUGACACUGGUGUUCUCAGUAGCCAUCAGCGGGAACUUGUCCACCUUCCUCAGUGAGAUGGGAAACUCCUCCUACCACUACAGACCACAGUUCCACAGAGUGACCAUAGCUGCAGUAGUGAUCUUCAUGUAUGCCUGGCUGGUGCCGAUCGGUUUAUGGGGUUUCCUGACCUGGCGGCAAGGGACUGAGAGGCAGAUCGGAGGUUAUUCCUUCCUGGAGACCGUGUGCGUCUACGGCUACUCCCUCUUCAUCUAUAUCCCCACCUCGGUUUUGUGGAUCAUUCCAUAUGAGUGGUUGCGCUGGACACUGAUCCUGAUCGCCAUGGUGAUCUCUGGCUCAGUCCUGGUCCUCACCUUCUGGCCCGUCGUCCGUGACGACACCAAGGUGAUGGCAGUGGCUACCGUCGUGACCAUCGUGGUUUUGCAUACGCUGCUGGCUAUCGGCUGUAAGAUGUACUUCUUCCAGACAGCAGUCCACCUACCAUCACCGACCACUACAUCCCCUCCGAUUCACACAACACUGACCACCAAACCCCACUGACCAACAGAAAGGAGUGCUGGCAGCAGGGAGAGAGGAAAUGAAGGAUGUAUCUGUUGUGUUUGGGAAUCACAUGCAGAUAUGAAACCAUGUAUAGACAGGCGGUUGAGGCAAUGUUGAUUAUUGCUAUUGCGUGAUCUGUUUAAUGCUCAUGUGAUGAAGGGCUGGGAUGGAUGGAUGGAUGGAUGGGUGUGUGUGUGUGUGUGUGUGUGUGUGUGUGUGUGUGUGCGUGCGUGCGUGCGUGCGUGGUUGUUUGUCUAAUUUAUCCUGAGGUAGUUCUACUGUAACUGAAGUAGCACUCGUUCACUGCAAUACUUGUACAUUUCUACUGUGAUGUUUCGGGAUGUGGUUGCAUCAGUCUAGCAUGGCUUCUCUAACACUGUGAUUUCCCCUCGAAGAUUCAUACACAAGUUUAGAAGAAGAAGACAUUAAGAAUUACUCAGUAGAGUAUCAGUAGAAGGGAAAAACUGUAAGACUUCUAAACCAAAUACAAUCAUGAAACCAUGCUG